GCCUUGCCCAGCCCCUUGCGCCUCAAGAGGAAGCGCUGCGUCAAGGCCGUCCGCGGCAGUGCCCGUGCGAGAGAGGAGUUAAUGGUACUUGUAGAAAGCCGCGCCAGUUGCGCGAGCCGAGACUGCGUUCUCCAGGCGCUUCAACCCCCGGCCCCCGCGGAGAGCGCCGUCUACCGCUGCCGCCAGACAGUCAGGCAGCAGCGGGGACGCCUCGAGAAGCCUUGUGAGGCGGUGGAGCGUGACGCGUUUCUCCCGCGCGGCGGGCGCGCGGCUCUUCGGGCGCUGCCGGACGCAAGGCAGCAUGAUGCCCGGAGAGAUGCCGCCGCCGGCCGGGACCGCAGCCGCCGUGGUCUGCGCUAACUGCGGCGCCCUCCAGCAGAAUAUAAAUGAAUACGUAGCUGCAUUAAUUGCACUGAAGCAAAAAAUGAUUGAUGGAGAUCGUUUGCUGACAGAAUAUCAACAGAAAUGCACUGAGCUUCAUUUUGCUGAACGUUCCCAUUUCAGAGAGAUCUCUGCUCUUCGUUGCCAAGUGGAGCAGAUGCUACAGAAAAUCCUGCUUCUGGAAAAGUGCCAGGAAGAGCUGAGUUCCUUGAAAGCAGAGUUGGAAGCGAAAAAGAGUUCUCUCAAGAUUUAUCAGGAGAGUCAACUGGAAUAUGUUAAAAUUAAAGAAGAAAUACUAAACAGUGAUGCUGUGAGGAAAAAACUGGAAAUAAAAGUGAAGAAACUUGAAGAGGUUGCAACAAAACAUACACAGGAUUUCAGACAACUGAAAACUGAAAAGAAGAGACUUGAAAAGGAGCUAAAGAAGGCACAAGGAAAACUUGACGGUGUACUUAAAGAGAAGUGCAGAAAAGUUAAGCAUGCAGAGACCCAGAGUUCAAGUGAAGAUCUUGCAACAGAUAUAGACAAAGGAAAAAUAAAGCUCUUGUUAGAAGAACUCUGGAUGUGCAUUGACGGUGCAACAGGAAAAAGAAGGAAUCAGGAAAAUGAUCCUGUGUUGGCUUCUGUUCAGGAUAAGGCAUGGCCUGAGAAAAGAAGACGGACUGUUACAGAAGAAGGUGCUGGAAAGGAAAAUUCUAUAACAGCCGUGCAACUUCAAGCAAGUACUGAGCCUUUUGGAGGUGACUGUGUUGAGACUACAGAAGAAUGUCUGCGUGGUGGUGAGGAUGAAACUGUAGAGGUGAUAAUACAGACAGACGGGGCACACAGCAGUUCACACUUCUCCAAUCAGGCGCAAAAGGGCCCCAGUAGAAAUGUGAUGGAUAUAUUGAAUUGGGCCAGGCCUCUCCCUGCUCUACUUUCUCCAGUACAGCUUUCGCCACUAACUGCACAGGACAUAUUGUUUGGAGAAAUCACAGGUUCCAGUGAUGAAGAAGUUGAUUGUAGUGCUUCUGCAGUGGAGGAUAUUUUACAAGAAGACCUAGUUCAACAUGAGGGUUGUAAUGCAUUCAAACUCAAUGAGGAGUGUAAGAGACAGAGCAAAUUGUGUGAGCGUGAUCUUGAUGCAGAAAUCUCAUGUAACCCUAGUUGGAAUGAAAAGAAUGUUCUUACUCAUCCAAAGAUAUCAAGUAAGGAGGAAAGAGAUCCUGAAAGAAAGCAAGCUGAAGCCGCUACUUUAAGUACAAACAUGGAAAAUCAGAAAAAUAGUUUGGUGGAGAUUUCUGAGAACAUGGAAACGGAGAAGAGAGAACGAACUGAAGCAGCAGCACAUGAAUUGGAAGCUAUCGAAGAACAGAAAGGAGAUAGUGAAGACAUGUGCAGUGAAGAGGGAGGUUCUUUAGCUGAUACUAUGUUAUACAGUUUCAAGCCUCAGAAUCGGAUGGAAAAUUGCAGUGAGGUAGAGCAAACAGAGAACGUAUUUGUAAUCAGGGCUGUUGAUUAUGAGGGUAUACAUGAAAAGCAUGGUGAGUUAAUGAAAGCAGAAAGGGAUGGAUUAUCAAAAGAGAGAGAAACUUCUAGGGUAGUAUCUGGUCCUCAAAAUUUUAUUCAUUUGCCACCUGAGCAAGGCAUCGGGCUUCAAAAUGGAGAUUCUGAGGAGAAAUCUGAUGUGUUGGUACAGAAUAAAGUGGUUGAAAACGAAUCAAAAAAUGUAAUCAAAGCAACUAAUAUGGCACGUGAUUUAGGGGAAAAUAUAAAACAAGUGAUAAUUAGAGAGGAAAUAGCUGCAAUACAGAGGAAAGGACACUAUUCAGAGGCAGAUAAUGAGAGAGAACUCUCUGAAGAUGUUAUGUCUGAUUUCAGUAGUUCAAAAUCCUUUUGUGGAGUUGAGUGCCCUAAAGACCUAAUGAUACAGCAUGAAGGGGAGGGAAUAAUUAUGGAGAUUGAGGCAGACACUGGAGCAAUUGAGAUCUCUGCACACUCUCAGUGCUCUGAAAUAAAACAUGACAGUGAAGAGUUACUGGAGAAAGAAUGUGUGCAAACAAUACAAGAUGAAGUGGGCAGUGAAUGUGAACCAGAGACUGUUAAAGUGUCUAGAUGCUACUUACCUGCAUCUGCUAUUGAAGGAAUAAGAAAUUCAUUGUCCAUGGAUGACAUAGACAAAAAUGUAGGUAUGGAGGGAACUGUUUUGUCAGCCUUUCUAAAAGAUGAUGGACAGCUCAAAAUUGAAGACAUAACUAUGACAAGACCUGAGGCUAUUAAACUAGCCAUGAAAUUUAGCAGAGAAAGUGUUCUAGAAAUAGCUGAAUCAUCAGAGCUACUCCAUAAUGCAGAAGAUGGAAAAUUGGUAGAUAAAAAGGAGGGGGGAUAUUUAAAAGGCAAACCACACCAGGAAGACUUGAAAAGUAUAUGUGCACUACCAAAGAGGUGUGCUAUUGAUGCAGAAAGCAAAGUAGCUAAGUGUGAAUCCUCUGUGUUAGAUUUCACAGAUGUAAAAGAUAAAGUAAAGCAACCUGAAAACCUGUAUAGUACAUCAGAAUGUGGGUUGUCCAAAGAUCAAAACUUUGGAGUGUUUGAAUCUCAGGAAACUGAAUUCAAAGUUAAUCCAGAAGAUUUUGGAGAGGAAAGCAGUGAGCUGUUAGAAAGAGUGGAUACCACUGAAUCUGUAUUAGUAGAAAGCAAGGUGUUGGUGACUGAGACUUGUUCCAGCUCGUUUAACUGGGAAGAGAAUGUUGUGAAGAAAAAUAAUAUAUCAGAGAUAAUCUGCCAGCCUACUUCAGAAAUUGUAUUUAAUAGCAGCUUGGCUUUUUCCAGUCAAAGGAACUUGCAGGUGGGCUGUAUAAAUACUGAAAAAACUGAUUCUUCUAUGCAAGUGGAAAUUGGCUUGGAAUCCACAAUGCCUCCUGAUCUAAAUUUCAGUCUUCAGAAAGUUGGCAGUUUUGUUGAAUCUAAUUUCACAGAAAAGCCUGAGUCUUGCUGUACAUGGGAAAAUCAAGGACAUAAAAAUUCUGUUACAAGUAGUGCAUUUAACUGUUCUUCAGAAAGCUUAGAAGAGGGUGCUGACAUUCUUUCUGCUGGAAAAGACAGUAUAGGCUCUGAGAGGGAAUACGUACAUAAAAAUGAAGUGAAAAUUCCAGAUGAGAAGGAGCAGCCGGUAGAUAAAGAGUCUCAGACAUCUGUUAAAUCACAGAUCCUGCAUGCAAAAUCUUGUGAUAAGAAUACGUUUUGUCUUCAAAAGUUUGAUUGUCAUAAAUCAGGAUGCAGGACUCCUGUGUGGGAGGUUAGAACAGAUCCUUCUAAAACUGGUUCACUAACAGCUGGUAUAGGAAGCAAAGAAUUUAACAGUUUUGAGGCAUCUGGGGAAAAUGCUAUAAAAAGGUCUAGAAGUGAUUUUGAUAUGCCAGAGCAGAGCAAUGAAUCUGAAGAGAAAGACAGUUCUAUAAAAAAAAUUAGAUAUGUGAAAUGUUCUGAACGUGCUCCCAUGUUCAGAAAGGAACUGGGAGCUUCCAGGAGAAUUGCAGUCGGUGCUCUGAAAACUGAUGCAAUUGCUGGUACUGAUUGCCAAGUGUGUGAACUUCAUUCAACAGUGCACCCAGGAAAUGCCUUGACAGUUAGUCAUCUACACACAGACAUUAUGAUGGAGACAAAUACACACUGUGAAACAAACACCUUUCCAGAUACUGCAAAUGAGUUGUCAGGUGUGGUUGGGGAGAGUUAUCCUAGAGACGUAGCCUCUUGGAAACGAGAGUGUGUAGUAGUAACAUCAAAAAAUACUGAGGGUACUAAUGAAUGCAUGGUUGAUUCUGACAGAGUUGGUGGCAUGAAUGAUAGUGAGGAAAAUCUGUUAAAAACUGGGACUUCAGAAGAAGGCCCUGUGAUGCAUAGAUUGCCACUAUGCCAGAUGUUAAUUGGAUUCUCACAAACAUGCAAACUGGCUGACAAAAACAGUAAAUUAAAUACAAGAAUGUUAGCAUUUGGCAAUUUCUUCCAAGAAAAUCAUGCUGACAUAUGUAAGUCAAAUGUGGAGCAAAGUCUACUACAUGCUGUUGAUAUGCAGCUCUCAGUGUUUGAAGAAUAUAAUCGUAAUCAGCCUUGCACUUCUUGCAACAUAGGAGAAAACAACACUGAUGAUAGCAGUAGAAAAACAAAUUUUGUCAAGUAUCCUCAACAUCCAGACCUGUCUGAUGCAGAGUGCAAUUGUCAGGCAGUUAGGCAGCCUUCUGAGCCACAAAAAACAGUAUUUGAAAAGCUAUGUAUGUUGGAAUCAGAAUCUUCUGUGGAUGUUGCUCUCAAGAAAAACAAUAUAUUGAAGUGCAAAGAGCAAGAACCAUCUGAAAUUUUGACAGUUUCAGCCAAGAAUGCUGCCCAAAUAAUGCAUGCUAAGCUAUCAAAGAGGUUAAUUCAAGGUAAAAGAAAGACAAAGACUCUCAAAAUUAAACUAACUCGGCCAGUUCUUGCAAAUGCUGAUACUUCUAUGCCAACAAAAUGCUCCUCCGAGACUAUCAAUAAAAUUAGGCAAGAGAUGGGUGUUCCUCUGCCCCCCUUGCUACAGCCUUUGAUUGCUACUCCUCCAAAAGUUGCACGUACUGUGUCCCCAGUAAUGUCUUCUACUGGUCAAUCGUCUUUGCUUUCCCCUCUCAAUGACCUGAUAUCCCCACUAUGUGAAAGUCCUGUUCCUCCUCUCAUGUCUCCAUUAGCAGAUACUCCAACAGUAAAAUCUGCCCUUUUAUUUUCUCCCCCAUCACCCUCAGAAAUGGCCGUAGGUAGAAGGACUCACUCCUCACCUUUGAAAUUUUGUACUUCCAUUCCAAAGCAUGCCCUUCCCGUACCAGGAAGAUUUCCUCUGUUUGCUGCUGAUACUGCUGCUCCAGGUCCUUCUCAAGAGAACUCUGUGAAGAUACUGGACACUAUGUAUCCAGAACUAUCUGCAAGGGCAAGGACACUGAACAUUCUGAAAGGCAAUAUUCAACUUAACUGUUGUGCUUUUACAGACAGCCAAGGUUUGCCAGGACCUCUGGCUCGAAUAGGUGGGUUCAAAGCAAUUGCAUCUACAUCAACUGCUUUUGUUAAAACUGGGAGCAAUUUGAAAUCUGAUAGUAGCAAAGAUCAAGAAAAAGAUGUGCAAAAUCAGCAAUUGUUUUCAAGUUCAUCAAAUCACCUUGAAAAACGGACACUGUUGCCAAUAUCUAUGCCAAGAGGUGCAAAGAGAUUGAGGUUAGACAGUGAACCACCAAAGCUAGAGUCCAAUGAUACUGUUGCUAUCAGAAACACUAAAAAUACAAUCUCUGAAAUGCAGGAAGUUUUCCCUGAGAAAAGCUGUGAAACUAGUGAGUCAGCUCAGAGUUCCAGUUUAGAGGUAUCAUCACCUGUAAAGAAGGUCAUUGAUCCUGACUGCCAGAAGGUUUUUUUGGCAUUGAAGAAAAUUGCUGAAUCCUGUUUUGACUUGUUACCAGUUAUUAAAGGUCAUGUGUAUGUCGGCAAUAUCUCAGAGAUUCCCAUAAUGAGAGAUGAGGAGAAAGAAGUUGUCUAUGAAUUUGCUAUAAAAAACAAGCAUUUAGCAGAGUCCUUGCUGCAUGUUAUUCUCAGUAAACUCAAGGCUCAGAAAACGGCCACAAAUUACAAUUUCAGUCAGGCUCUGUGUCGCGUCUAUACAGGAAUUUGUCGACAAUUGGGAGAUUUGGAAAGAGCCCGCCUUUUCUGCUAUAGCUUACUUAAAGAAGACUUUCCAGACUCAGAAAAAUUGAUUUUAUUUAUCACAAAUGUAUGGUCUGACAUAUUUGUCUUCCAAGGUGCAAUUAACGAAGCUAUGCAAUUACUUGUCAGGCAUAGAGCAAGCAAUGAGAUGCUGGCCUGUUUGAGUGCUUACCUCAACUGGGAACAGGUUACAGCUUUUAGUCUCACGCCAGUAGAGAUGCACAGUUCCUCUUUAGAUGCUGGUAUUAUGGUCUCAAACUUGCUGUUAGAAAUGCAAUCAUGUCCAAAAGUAGAAUUUCAACUGAGUGAGCAUUAUGGAGAAGAUCUGAGUGAAGAUGCUUGGCAGUACAUAUUUGCUGUUGAUCUUCUCUGCUGUCACCUAAAGUGGGAUUGGACACAUGACAAUGUUAUAAGCAAAGUGCUUUGGCCUUCUAUGGAUAAGUGGGUAAAGAAGAGAAAGGGGCAUGAAACUGCUCAGUCCGUUCCUGAUAGUGUUAUAGCAUUGACACUCAGGCUAAUUGGUCGACUGGGCCAAAUAGGUUUGAAGGAAGGGUAUCUUGUUGCAGUGAAGAACAUUAGUUCUAUAAUUGGACUUUUUGUACAGCAUGCAAAAGAGGAAGGUGUUUCCUGGGGUGUGCAGCUGGCAGCCAUAUAUUCUCUGUGUGACUUGGGUUCAAGCAAUCCAGAAGGUAUUGUUCAGGCCAUCCAUGCUUGGAGAGCAACUGUUCUUAACGACCUCCCUUUUGCUGUCAUAAGUGGCAUAGCUGAAAUCACUUCUCUGUGUAAAAUGGAGCUAAAUUAAAAUCUAGGGAAGUGGACUGAUCUAAAGGAAGAAGUGCCUUACUUUACUUAGCAGAGUUGGUUCCACUUAAAAACAAUAAAAAGUGUGUCCUUUUCUAUUGUUUUUAUUAACAGAAUAUUGGAUCACACAAAGCAAGCUCAAGUAUUUUAUUUGGCUUUUCUGUUUGAGGGAAGAGUUAAAAAAAUAAAUAAAACUACUUGCUUUUCCUGCUGAGUGAUCUGAAAACCAGUACAUCUUUGACUCUUGAGAUAUUUCUGGUUUGAUGUCAAUAAAAAUUAUUAGUAGUUUCCCUUAGUUUACUUCCAUAAAUAUGGAACAUGGACUAUUUGACAAAACAUAAGAUAUAAGCCUGGCUGAAAACCUGUCUCUGUUAUUUUGUACUAUAUUUAAAAAGUAACCAUUCAGACAGCAGAACUGUUCCCAUAUUCUGCUUUAUUUUACUUGAAUAGUCUAAUAAGCUUAAUUUAAAAUACUUGUGACAGAUAGGUAGGAAUUGACUUUUUCUGUAAAAAUCAUGUAUAGAGUAACAGAGAUAUUAAAUCUUUGAGCUUGUACAUAAGGUAUAUUCUGAAAAUGUGUCUCACAUUUUAUAUUAUUCCAUUUGGGGAAUUUUGUGUAUGUAAAUAGAAAGUUGGUUCAAAAAAGUUUCUAAUUAUAGUUUCAUUACACUCCGUGUUUUUUCUAUCUUUCAUA